AUGAGCAAUUCCGCUACACAACCCCCUUUCAAAGUGAUCAUUGUUGGCGCGGGUCUCGCUGGCAGCCUUCUGGCUAACGGGCUAGCGCGACACAAUGUCGACUUCGAGGUGUAUGAAAGACAAGAGAAGAACUCCAAAAGAGAAGGAUAUCAGAUCCGCUUAGGGGAAGCUACAUUCAUAGGCAUGCGAGCAUGUCUUGACCAAGACCAAAUUGAUUCAAUCUCCAAGAACUUCGGCAGGUCAGCGUCAUCGCAGGCACCGAUCUUGUACGACAAACACUUUCGUAAGAUUUUCGAACCCGGGCGAGACCCGAACUAUACACAAUCCUCGCCUAUUAGCCGCGUCAUUCUCCAAAAUGCUCUUCGCGAGCCACUUGACACAAUGGGCAAGAUUCAUUAUCAAAAGAAAUUCAAGGACUUUGAAAUUUGUCCAGGACUCCAUCGAGAUAUAGUUGCGGUGAACUUCGAUGAUGGCACCUCCGACGUCUGCGACAUUUUGCUUGCUGCUGAUGGCAAUAAGUCGCAGGUAACUCAUCUUCCGUUCCCACACUCUUCUAUAGAUUUGCUUAUUCAUUCUAGAUCAACAAUCUCUGCGGACUAA